AACAUGGCGACGCGCAUGCUUGUACUUCAGUGGCUACUUUUAUUUAGAGCCGUAAUCGGUGACAGGGGCCACUUGCAGGUGUGAUAAGCACUUGCAUUUGGCGGGUCUACCGCAGAAAAGCAUGACAUCACAAACCGAUUUUUAUUCGUGCUGCGUCGACGAGAUAGCGUUGGAAGGACUCGAUGGCAUCACGCUACAGGCUCUGUGGGUCCGCCUGCAGCUGCGCCCAAAUUUUCCUCUCUCUCUGGACAGCAAGUCCAAAGCCUUCAUAUGGAGCGCGCUGGUCCCGGAGACUCGCCUCAGCUUCUACGCACUCAAAGAGCCCCGCAUGGACCUCGUCAUUUACGACCGGUACAAGCACGUGGAUCCCAACACGGGGUACGUGGUCGAACCCAAUGUGCUUCCACCGGAUCCUUACCCCUACAAGUUGGUCAACAAGAACGGACAGCUCGGUUCGUGCUGCACCUUUGACACUCGCAAAGAUAUUAGCGACGAAGUCCGGCAGCGCUCACUCAUGCUGGACGACGUCGUUGCUAAGUGGGGCAACCGUUUGGUGAUAGUGGCCGACCAAAUGACUCGCGAGCGGGCGCUGAUCGGGCCCAACAACACGAUCGCAGACUUGGACCUGAGCGAAAUGAAGUACUGCAUGCUGGAGCGGAUUGGUCGCUCGCGUUACUUGGGCCAAACGACGCAGGGGCAACUGGACCUGCGCGUGAUGAACAUUACACACGCGUCCAUGUUCAUCAUGCGCAAGCAGUUGGUGCAGCGAAACCUAAUCACGAAGCAGGACUUCUGCCUGAAGACGGAGAGCGGUGGUAGCAAAGUAGGUUUCUUGCUCCAUCUGCCGCGGUUCUUCGUGGAGGUGAAAACUAAGAGGCAGAUUAUGGCCCGGGAGCUCUGCGCCCUGUUAGACAGCAAACCGAACAAGCGCGAAGAGACUUCUAAACUCUUUAACGAGCUUGGACUGACCCCCGCAGCGGCCAAGAAACUCAUGUAUGGCCCAGCGUCCAAGUACGUGGCCCGGCAUGCUGUGCCGUACAGCGAAUUCUAUCCAAACUCGCCCCGCGAGGAAUGGUACACGAAAAACAACAAGCCGCGCAACGUUCGCAUCUGUGAGCUUGUCAGGCCUUACGAGGAGGAGGAAGAGGAGGAGGACGUCGAAGGGUACAAUGCCGACAAGAGCACAGGCCUGUUCUUUCACCCGCAGAAGUACACGUAUGACAGGCCGAGGCUGAGCCAAGCUUACAAGGAGGUCUACAAAACUGGCACAGCAGGAAUGACUUCGCGUGAACUGUCUGCCGCCUUAAUGGCAACCCGCCUGGAGGUUCGUAAUCUUCAGAAGGGGUUGAUGAAGAGACAGCUUGUGGUACCAUACAGGGAAGACGUGGGCAAGCAGCGUGUGAUCAGGUACUUUUGUCCAGAGUUUGCUACAAAGUCUGAGAUGCACAAAAAGAUUCUGGCUGAAAAGAAACGGAUGCUGGAGCAGCCAAGGGUAGAGCCACCGCCUGCUAAAAAGCGAAAGACAGAUACUUCCUCAUUGUCAAAAUCGUUGGAGGCUGCAGAAGUGCAAGAAGUAACAAAAGCUGAAGAAGAAGUGGAAAAAACUGAAUCAGCUGCAAAGAAGGCAGGAACAGCCGCCGUCGCUAAACAGCCACCUGUAGGCACGUGUACAACAAAAGAGGUGCCAAAAGAAGCAGAAAAGGGCAUAGACACUCUUCCUUCAUGCUCAACGUCCAGUGAUAGCUUGCAUGACAGCAGUGCAGGCACUCUCGAGGUUGAGCAACCAACAAUCACUGUAGAGACCAACAGUGCCUGCUUCUUUCGGAAAGUGAAACCACAGGCGACAAUAAGUUUCCCUACACUCUCAGAGGUGACGGAUCGAAAGCCCCUGCAGAAGCUGCUCCCUUCCUACAGGAUGCUCAUGCGGGCAAAUAGGAUCCUCGAGUAUAUAAAGGCUGAGACAGUGGUCACAGACUUAUCCAAACUGCAGAAGGCCCUGCAAAAGGCUGAGGAGGAGGAAGGCUCAACAACGAAACUGGACCGGGUGUCCCUCAGGCGGCUGCUCUCCAAACUCUGCAACGGUGGAUACCUCAAGACUAUUCAUACUGUCCUGAGACUGGGGCAAAAUGUGAGGGACCUCAAGCUGGUUUGUAUGCCAUCUGUCACCAAAGAUGAUGAAAUCGUCAAGGCAGCCAUAGAGCAGGCCAAGUUCAAGUAUUUCCAAGCCACACCAAAGGAGCCCAAGAAGCCAGAGUGUAGCCCUGCACCCGAACCCAGUACCUGCUCCAAGAUGACUUACAACCCUGCCAUGGGGCGCUACUACGGAGCGCAGCCAAAGUUUCGCAGAAUGCAUCUCUGUUAUGCCUUCAUGCAUUAUUUGUUGUACAGCUACGAUGGUGUUGUGCAAGAGCGGCUAUCAGAUGACCCUUCAACCCCAGCACAGUACCAGAAGGAUAUUAGCUGGAAGAUGUUUGUUCCACCUCUGUCCAACAGUCCGAGCACGCCCAAUGGAUGGGUAUUGUUUGCAGACAUCCUACUCUCACUGCCACUCUCUCUGUUUGUCAAGAUUGCGAGCUCGAUCAAGCACAAGAUUGAAGGGCUCGAAGAGUACCUUCAUGAUAAGAUUAAAUGUCACUACCUCAUUCGAAGUCUGCCUGUGAAGCUGAGGAAUGCGCUGCUUUUUGCCAGGAGGUACAUCUACUCAAUCCAUGAGACAGUGAAGAGGCUGGCAUUUGUAGGGAUGGUCACCUUCGGGCCUCAGCGCCUCAAGGAGAAGGACCAGGUCUACCUUUUCCUGCACAGAAACUUAUGCAUCAAAGACACUAAAAUUUCUCAUCCAGGCUACCACCAGGUAUCAACUGACAUUGAGUACCCUGUAAAGCACUUCUUUCUUGAGACUCAGCAGGACGUCGACCACUUCUGGUUGGAAGUUGAAAACACUUGCAUUUGUACUCCCCUUGGAAUGCCGCAGUCGAUACAAGGUCAAACCAUAGAGCUUCAGAAUUUGUACAAGAAGCCAGCCAUGAUUGAAGCCUGCAGAAACAGAGAGUUUGGAGAAGAGCAAGACAAUGGCAUAGUGCCCGGCGAUCAGCUUGGGGCCGCGGGCUUUGACUCUGCCCUCUUUGCACACCUUAAGAGAAACUGGGCUUGUGCAAGCCCGAUGCCCGCAAAGCUAAGCACAUCCGCUGCUGAAAGCAGAAAGGCAAAUCCAAAAGGUGCUAAGCCUCUGCAGAGACUUCUUAGCUAUUUGGACAGAGCUUCCAAAAACACUGGAUCAAGUCCUCCACAAAAACAAAGCCAGAAAAGGGUUCAAGAUGCAAUUUCUCGAAUGUCAGUCUACUACCCAAAGCAACCAGAUGGCAAGCCAUUAGCUGUGCCUGUUGUGAAAGGAGCAAAGAAAGCUGACGAACACCAGCCCAGGAGAAAAGCUCCGCAACGAAAGAAGUCUGAUAUUACUGUCAGGGUCGUACAGCCUAGGAAGCGUCACAAUGUUCGCAGGCCCUACUAUGAUGACAAAGACCAAGCUGCUCUAAAGGAAAUGAAGACCAUGCGAGUAUCAUGGUCGUCACAGGAGGACAUUGUUCUGCUCAUGUGCAAAGUUUGUUCUUGGUUUCUGGACCGACAUUUGGAUAAGAUGGUGGUGCCAUUCACUGUGAUCAGGGACAUCCUGAAUGAGCGCUUUCCUGAGUUGAGCAAGGACAAGACAUCUCGAGCAUGUCAGAGGCGACUGCGAUUUAUGUUGCUCAACCCCGCAACCAAGGCCAAUGCCUCAGUCUUCCUUUGCGAAGCACAGCAAGACCAGAAACUCGUGGAAAUGUUUCAUGGGCCAAAGCCAGUGAAAUCAGAUGAAAAACAAUGGUUGUCUAUGUUCAGAACUGUCCUUGAUCAUCUCAUGAAAAAAUUCAGCAAGAGCUCAGAGGAGAGGCACCGGGAGGUCACCCUCCCUAAUAGUUUUGAUGAGCUGAAGGACCGUUAUGAAAUAAUUGUGAGUGGCCAAGUUGAAAUGGACAGCUGGUCUUACACAGAGCCUCACAACCUUGUUGACAUACACUUCAGCUCAGUGGCAAUAGUGAUCCUGUCCUCGCUUGCAGCUGACGAUGGCAAGAGUAACUGGUCCUUGAUGCUGUACAAAAUCUACGAGCAGUAUCCAGACAAUCUUGUUCGCUCUGUGACUGCUCGACUGAGGCACAACGGUGUCAUCUGCAGAAAGCACCCCAAUGCUAAGAAACUUUUCAUCUCUCUCAACCUCUCCAUGCUGCCAUUCACACUGUCCAACAAGUUCCAGUUCGAUAUGACACGACGCUACUCACCACAGCACAUAACAUUGAUGGGAAAAUUUCUGCUUGAACUUUUGACCAAGCGUAGGAGUGGAGAGCCAUGUAGCUUCCAUGAUGGUAUUGAGCCAGCAUACGCACCAUUGCUGUUCACACUGCAGCUCAUGAACAAGCUCAGUUACACGAUGGAAGUACCUCAAGCAAUAGUUGAAUACGACUACAGCAUGACUGCUGGGAAAACGCACCUGCGAAAGCCAGAACCAACUGCCUCCUUGGCUGAAGAGCCUCUCGGGAGCAACACCACACUCAGUGACAAGGCAAAGAGCCUCAACUUUGUGACAUCUGGCUGCAAUGCCAAGACGUCUCGUUCAUUCCUUUACAUGCUCAGGCAGGACAUGACUAAAGCACUCCAAUACAAUUACUUGCGUCCUCAGGACUACAUAGUCAUCAAAUCAUGCAAGCUCAACUUCUCGCUCACUGACGAGGAUCUCAUCCCAGGCUGGACUCUCGAGGACCCCACAGACAAGUCUUACGCUCUGAAAGUUCGUAACCCUUUGUAUGACAAGAUUGUCCAAGAGCAACGGGCCUGCUACAGCUUGAGUGCAGUAAGCCACUGCUGGACAGGAGAAGGAAUUGCUGAUGCUUACAAACAGGAGGGGAAAGCCCCCGAAGAUGCCCAGCUUGGAACUGAAAUCUACUACUUCAUUCUGAAGAAAGAACAACUUGGAGUCACCUAUGCCCAGCUCUGCGAAGCCCUUAAUUCAGCCAUGGACAGUAUGACCCUGAACUCUCACCUUGAUUUCUUGGUCGAAAAGAAAAUGAUACUGCGUAUUGGAGUGACAUGCAUUCGAUACGUUGCACUUCAGCACUGCAAACCUUGGGUGAUCCGUACUUUCAAGAUCCCUAAAGAGAUGCGUGCCUACACGUGCACUCUAGGGGAGCAGGAGCAUGUCCUGAGAGCCAAAGUAAAGAAGGUAGCAGUAACAGACGAGCUCAAGCCGACAUCUGACACCAGUGGCAGAUCGGAGAACGCUGCUGAAGGUAGCACUGAUGCUGGAGGAACCACUGUAGAAGGCGCACCAGGUAGCACAGGGCAUGAACCAUCAUCAUCAUGUACUUCGAAAAGUGCGGGCAAAGAGAGCAGCAGUGCUUCUAGUGUCAGUAAGGAUGAGAGAAGUGAAAUUGGAUGGAAAAACGCAAACAGUCGACGGACACGAGACAGCAAUAGCAGCUGCCUGAAGCGAACUUAUUACGAGGCAAUGACAAAGAACAUUAAUGUGGAGAAUUUUGAGAAGAUUAUGUACAUUCCGAGGCUGUGGAGAAAGCCUGAUGGAACGCUGAAUCGCCCCGUGUUCUUCCAGCUCCUGUCCGCAGUGCUGUCGUACAUCUUGGACAAUCCUGGUGUGACUGAAGACCAGUUCAGGGCCAACUUCUCCCGUCAAAUAGAGCCAUGUGUGCUGACACUGGACAUGUUACGGAUUCUGGAGCAGAUGGGUUGCAUCAGGCGAUUCUUCAUGAGGAUGGACACUGCAGCAAAGUGCAGCCUCUUCUCCAAGCGGCGUCAACUGGUCAUUUGUGACAAAUACUGUCCAGGCGAUAUUGUCUGCUAUGACGGAACUCUCGAGGCUCUUGUUAACUUCACAGCGUUUUCAGUCCAUUUUCAAAAAUAGGUGGUAAUGUCCAUGCAUGCUUGAUGUGUCCUACUGUGUACAUAUAUAUUACAUCUGUGUAGACUGCCUGUGUCAAUUCUUUGUAAAUUUCCUGAAAGGUGCCUUUUUCUGCACAGGAAGAAUAAAAUCAUUUUGCAUUCCAAUGAGUGCAGUAAAACUCAGAAGUUACCAUGUCUGUGUGGACAUAGAUGAGCGACUCCCGGCCUUGUCAAAAUAAAUCCUUGUUAUUGUGCACUUGGUCUGUUAAUAAUAUAGCGCAAUACAUUCUUGUCCUAGAUAUACUUAAUGUAGUAACCAAUAGUAAUUGGUGCUGCUGUGUAAUGUAGUCCUAUUUCUGGACGCCAUUGUGUUUAGGAACUUCUGAAAACUACAUAACUAGUGCAUGUGAGAUUUAAUUUCCGUGUAGCACAAAGAGGUCAUGAAAUAUGGCUUGCUCCUUACUUUAAGAGUGUGUUCAGAUGAUGGUGAUGAUUGAACUUUAUUAAGAGCAGACAGAGUUGUUUGGUGACAUUCCUUGCUGGUAGCCUCCUCAGUUCAGGAAGCCAUGUGAUCUGGCCAUCUGCCUUACUCUCUUCAGCUGACAUUUGUCAUCAGGGUUGAGGCUGGUGAGCCGGGCGUUCCACUGUCCCGGUGUAGACUGGGGGCUAGAGGGAAUGUCAGUGUUUCGGUUGCAUUUUCAUACCAUAUGGUGCAGAGCGUUUUGCGUGCAGCAGAAUUUGCAGUCGUAUCUAAAGUGUGGGGUAAAUGAGAUGCUGUUUCAUCUCGUGUGGGAAAGCAUUGGUUUGUAGUUGUCUGCAAGUUAUCGCAUCCUCUUUCGAGAGUGUCAGGUGUGGUGGGGUAUAGAUUUUUCUCCCCGAGCCUUCGGUGUGUCGGUAUGUCCUUGUAUCUAUGUGGUACAGGUCCAUCUGAAGGGACUGUUAUUCUGUCACCUAGUGAAGCUGGCUGGUGCGUAUGUUCUCAGUCUGCUGCAUGGACUGCAUCGUUGCUUGCUGGACACGAGUGUUCCAGUGUCCAUACUAUGCACAGUUUGGGUAACGAGUUGGUUUGGUGCAUUUCAGGAUGUGUAAGGCAGCUAUCAAUAUUCCGCAUAACAUGUAACUGUGACGCUGUUUGCGAGUCUAUCAGGGCACUGUACACAAUAUGUGUUGUAGAAAACGGGUUUGAAGAAUAUGACAUGCUGUCCCUCUUGGGAAGGACGUGAAGUACAUUUCACGAUAAUAUUUUAUGCAGAGGUGUUAUUAAACUGCAGGUCUGCAAGCUGUACAA